AUGGAGAACGAAAAUUCCAGGAUCCCGGUCUACAGCUUCCAUCACCCCACAGCGCUCUCCCGUAGCGUCCCCCCAGACACACAGACGCCAUUUCCAUCGAAGAAACAACGUAUCAACAAAACAGUUGAGCCAGAAUUCAGCAAAGAUCCCAAUUUCACUUUUAGCUCAAAUGUUCCAGAGGAUGGUGUCUUCAAAGCCAAAAACCAAGGUCUCUGUAGGUCUACCAAGAAAGUGGAGCCUCUUUCUAAAAAGACAGCAACAACUGCACGAGGACCCCUGAGCCGAUACAGAUUGGAGACAGAGCUAAAGACGAAGAACCAGUUGUUGGAAAUAGCCAAACAGCAACUGCACUCAAAGCUGGCAGGAGCACAGGGCACUAUAAAAGACUUAAGAGAAAAGAAUGAAGUCCUGGAAGAAGAAGUUCAAAAGCUGAAGAAAUUUCAAGAUAACUGUAUGGUGAUUUUAGAAAGCAGAAAUAUUGAUCCAGUUACAGGCAACGAAAUCUUGGAGGAAGAAGAUACGAAGGAGUGUCAGAAGCAGACAAUGUUGCUGACAGAGAAGCUUAAAGAAGAACUGAGACUAUUCAGCCAAAUGGCUGAAAAACAAGAAGAGCUUCUGACAGCAACAACUAUGUGGAAACUGGCAGAGAAUGACCGAAACAAUUUCCUGGAGAAGCAGACAUCCUUUCAGAGAGAAACAGAAGAGUAUGCUGCCACUGUUGGUCAGGUGGAGCUCCUCUUGGACACAUGA